UUGGAUAUGUAGCAGAACUGCUUCACCUUCUCUUUUCUCCACUUCCACCACCACUCACUCACUCCACUCCCUCAAAAUUCACAAUCCUCACGUUGCCUCAUUCACAUGAAACUUCUCUCGCCCUCCGUGUUCUCGCUCUUUCUCUGAAUCACUCAUCCUUAUAAUAAACAAAUAAAUAGUUUCUCUCUCGAAGAAGGAGAAAGAGGUUUUCAUUGUUCUUGUUCUUGUGGAAGAAGAAGAAGCUGAAGAAUGGAGUCGACGGAAUCUUCAUACGUUCUUCUCCCGAGGGACCGAGGAAGCGCGCUGCAUCGCAUUCUCUAGGUAUGUUCCAUUCUUGACGAGACACUACAAGCAGUUGGUGCUAAAACAAUGGUGGUCGGACAUACUCCUCAAACUAUAGGUGUAAAUUCUAAAUACAAUUGUAGCAUAUGGCUCAAAGAUUGCAGAAUGUGCAGUGGAGUUUUGAAUUCAAGACCAAAGGAACAACAGCAAGAAACUUCAAUGUGGCAUAGAUGGUUUCCCUGUCACUUACAGAAAAGACAACGAGCAUAUUGGAUGGUCCAUCCACUCAGCUGAAUUUUUCAAUCCAAUAAACCAAAACUUCACUAAAAUCAGUCUUCAUGCUUUUCAUUAGCCCCCAAGAAAUGGAUUGUAUGCCUUCCCAUCAUCAACACUUCUUGCCUAAUCAUGGAACCUGAAAGGUACUGCAUAUGAUGGAGCUUUCACAAUGAAUAAAAUACUGGAAUUUGUAGAUUACAACAAGUUUCCAUUAGUUACAAAGCUGACUGAAAUGAAUUCUAUCAGAGUCUUCUCCAGCCCCAUCAAGCUUCAGAACGAUCUUUCAAGGAAAUACUCGUUGCAAUCGGUGAUUCUGCAGUUGUUAUUGAAACCACAAUGCGGGGCUAUGACGACGAAGGAGAUCAUUUUUGCCUCAUGAUAAUUCCCUAUCUCAUGGAACCACAGGGUUACGACGAUUAUUAUGAGAAUGAGGGACAAGAAAAUGAGUAUGAAGAGGGGGGUGAGGAAGAGUAUGAAGAAGAGGAAGAGGUGCCCAGGAAGCCUUCAAAGGAAGAAAUGGAGUACCUUGAGUUGAGGCAGAAGUUGAAAGAAUCCAUUAGAAAGCAGAUGAAGAAGGAUAGUAGUGCUAAUGGUACUUUGCGCCGGGAUUCAACCGACCGAAACAAGAAUAAGCUUCCUUAUGAUAAUUAUGGCUCCUUUUUUGGUCCAUCUCAACCAGUUAUUGCACAGAGAGUAAUCCAGGAGAGCAAGUCAUUGCUAGAAAAUCAGCAUUUGGCAUCUAGGUUUUCUAACCCACAACACAUUAAGAAGAACCAGAAUAAAGUACCUAGUGGAGGAUCAAAGUCUUCAUCUCAUAAUCUGGCACCCAAAGUCAGCGAGAUACAAGUUAAAGCCCAGAAAAUCAAGAAUACUAGAGAUUACUCAUUUCUUUUAUCUGAUGAUGCAGAGCUUCCAGCUCCUUCAAAAGCCCCCCCACCACAGAAUAUGCCUAUAAGAAAUUCUGAGGGACGACCAGCUCAAGUUCCAGCAAGGAGUAAACUGCCUUUGAGCAAUGGUGGCAAGCAUGUUCGUGCCAGUCAUGAGGAACGGAAUGUAGGUUCUGCUGCCGGCCGUUUGCCUCCUAAAUCAGGAUCCAGUUACAAGACCAGUAAACCUAGUAUGGCAUCAGCAGAUUCUAGAAAGCAGCUUGGUAACAACAGUGAUAAUGGACCAGGCUGGCCAGUUGGGCCAAAAGGCUUGCCUUCAAAGAUUUCUGUUGGUACCACUGGGAAUAAGUCUUCAGCACCUGGUAUAAAAAACUCUGUGAAUGGUAUGCGGAAAUCACUCCCUUCAAAGAAUCAUCCAUCCAUUCCAAAACAGAGUGUAGAUCAAAGAAUUUCGAAGCAGAGUGUUGAACAAAGAAUUCCAAAGCAGAGUGUGGAACAAAGAAGAGACAUACGAGAACUAAAUAGACCUAAAAUGACACCAAAACAACCAGUGGCAUCAUCAAAACCACAGAUAAAUAAGCCACUUAAACAAAAUUCAGUUCAUACUGCUUCGCAAGAUCGUCGUCCCAAGCAUAAGGUUGCUAAACGACCCUUUGAUGAUGAUGAGGACGAAGUGGAUUUCAGGAACGUGAUCAGAAAUAUCUUUAAUUACAACCCCAAUAAAUUUGUUGAUGACGAUGACGAUGACAAUAUGGAGGCAGGCUUUGAUGAAAUCUUGAGGGAAGAAAAGCGGAGUGAAAUGAUUGCUAAAAGGGAGGACGAGGAGCAACUUAGGUUAAUUGAGGAGGAAGAGGAAAGAGAGAGGAGAAGAAAAAUGGCAAAGUUAAAGAAACGGAAGCUUGGCUAGCAGUAGUUAGUAGUAACAUGUCAUUGAUUUUGGUAUAAUGAAAAUUCUCUUUUCCCAAGGGCAGUUUAAUCAUGGGAUUAAAUUAUACAAUUCAUCAAUGAAGAUAGAAAAACAUUCGCCCUCACAUUGAGCUUGUUUCAAUUUGAAUUACUUAGAAAAGAUAUACCGUUAUGUAAACGCAGUUUCGGAUUUAGUCAAGGGCAGGGGUUGGGGUUGCAUUGUGUAUGUAUGAUUUUGAGCGUUUUGCACACUGAUUGGCGGUCAUUAUACGCAGUGGAUGGAUUGGAAAUGAGAUAUUGUUCACCAUUUUGCUUCAUCUAUUAUUCUGAGCAAUGUAUUUUAUAAUAGUUUUGGUAGCCAAA